CGCGUCUGCCCUUCAUUCUUUUCUUCUCUUUCCUUUCAAGAGAUAUUGUCCUGCUGCUAUUUUUUUUUUUUUUUUACCUUGAGUGCGGUUUUUCUGGAUUGGUGAGAUAGCCGACCCCAGGCAACUUCUACCAUUAUGGGGGUUCCUCAAGAUACGCUCUUCCGCUCGGCGGACAUGAGCCUUACCCAGCUAUAUAUCGCGAACGAAAUCGGUCGGGAGGUCGUCAGUGCCUUGGGCGAAAUUGGGCAGGUCCAGUUUCGUGAUUUAAACCCUGAUACCACUGCAUUCCAGCGGACAUUUACGAACGAGAUCCGGAGACUCGAUAACGUCGAGAGGCAACUGCGAUACUUUCACUCCCAGCUCGAAAAGGCAGGAAUCCCGAUGAGGCCAUCCUCCGAGUUUUCUAACACUUUAGCUGCCCCCAUGGCCUCUGAAAUCGACGAACUGGCUGAUCGAAGUGAGAGUCUCGAGCAACGAGUCGCGUCGCUGAACGAGAGCUAUGAAACCUUGCGGAAACGGGAAAUUGAACUAGUCGAAUGGCGAUGGGUCUUGAGGGAGGCUGGUGGAUUUUUUGAUCGGGCCCACGGUCACACGGAAGAGAUCCGCCAGUCGUUUGAGAACGACGAGGCUCCCCUUCUUCGAGACGCCGAGCAGCAACCCACAAGAGGCCAGAACGGUGAUCUUGAAAAUCAACAGGCCUUCUCAGUGAUGAAUAUUGGCUUUGUCGCCGGUGUUAUUUCGAGAGAUCGAAUCGCGGCGUUUGAGCGAAUUCUGUGGCGCACUCUGCGUGGAAACCUCUACAUGAACCAAUCGGAAAUCCCAGAGGCUAUAAUAGAUCCGUCCAAUAACGAAGAAAUUCACAAGAACGUCUUUGUGAUAUUUGCCCACGGAAAAGAAAUAAUUGCAAAGAUCAGGAAAAUUUCCGAGUCCCUUGGAGCCAACUUGUACAAUGUGGAUGAAAACAGCGAACUUCGGCGAGAUCAGAUUCACGAGGUUAAUACUAGACUAGGCGAUGUGGGCAGUUUUCUGCGUAAUACGAAAAACACAUUGGAUGCCGAAUUAACUCAGAUUGCGCGCUCCCUUGCUGCUUGGAUGAUCAUUGUCAAGAAGGAGAAGGCAACCUAUCACACACUCAACAAGUUUUCCUACGAUCAAGCUAGGAAGACGCUUAUUGCUGAAGCUUGGUGCCCUACUAAUUCUCUUCCACUUAUCAAGACAACGUUGCAGGACGUCAACGAUCGUGCCGGGUUGUCUGUGCCCACAAUUGUCAACCAGAUUCGGACCAAUAAGACUCCUCCGACCUAUAUCAAAACAAACAGAUUCACAGAGGGUUUCCAAGUUAUCAUCAACGCCUACGGGACGGCUAAAUAUGGAGAGGUCAACCCCGGUCUUCCUACGAUCAUCACGUUCCCGUUCCUCUUUGCGGUUAUGUUUGGUGAUUUCGGUCACGGGAUGCUCAUGACGAUGGUUGCUACUGGCAUGAUUCUUUUCGAAAGAAAAUUGCUGAAAACGAAGUUGGAUGAGCUCAUGGGUAUGGCUUUCUAUGGUCGAUACAUCAUGCUUAUGAUGGGUGUCUUCUCGAUGUACACUGGUUUGAUAUACAAUGAUAUCUUCUCCAGGUCCAUGGAAAUCUUUCCAAGCGCGUGGAAGUGGCCGGAACAUUUUAACCAAGGCGACACUGUCACCGCUGACCUCAAAGGCAGUUAUAGAUAUCCUUUUGGCCUUGACUGGGCGUGGCAUGGAACCGAGAACGACCUACUUUUCGCCAACAGCUUCAAAAUGAAGUUGAGUAUCCUCCUGGGUUGGUCGCACAUGACAUAUUCCCUGUGCCUAUCCUAUAUCAACGGCCGCCAUUUCAAAAGACCCAUAGAAAUUUGGGGUAAUUUCGUCCCCGGAAUGAUUUUCUUCCAGUCUAUUUUUGGCUAUUUGUCUUUCACCAUAAUAUACAAGUGGUGUGUGGACUGGAACGCUCGUGGCCAGCAGCCCCCUGGCUUGUUAAAUAUGCUCAUUUUCAUGUUCCUCAAACCCGGCACUGUUGAGGAACAAUUAUACCCAGGGCAAGCAGCUGUGCAAGUCAUUCUUCUUCUUAUUGCUGUGAUUCAGAUUCCGAUCCUUCUCUUUUUGAAACCAUUUUACCUUCGAUGGGAGCAUAAUCGUGCCCGUGCACUUGGAUAUAGAGGCCUCGGAGAAACUGCUCGUGUGAGUGCCCUGGAUGGUGAGGAGAAUGAGGACAGUCGUGUUUCUGGUGACGGGCGGAACAGCCUGGCCAGUGAUGCGGACGGUAUGGCGAUGAUUACCCAAGGCAUAGGAGAGGAGGAGCAAGAGGAAUUUGAGUUUUCUGAGGAGAUGAUUCACCAAGUCAUUCAUACUAUCGAGUUCUGUCUCAACUGCGUUUCACAUACCGCAUCGUACCUCCGACUAUGGGCCCUCUCCCUCGCCCAUCAACAGCUUUCUGUAGUCUUGUGGACUAUGACGAUUGGUGGCGCUUUCGCACAGAACUCUAACGUCAUGAGAGUGAUCAUGAUCAUUGUCACCUUUUACAUGUGGUUCACUUUGACUUUUGCGAUUCUUUGCGUUAUGGAGGGCACUAGCGCUAUGCUACAUUCCCUUAGGUUGCACUGGGUCGAGGCCAUGAGCAAACAUUUCAUUGGUGAUGGAAUACCGUUCCUAGCAUUUAGCUUCAAGACCCUCCUAGAAGAGGAGCCGGUAGAUUAGGCAGGGUUUAUCUCUCCGUACUGUUUAUGUGCAGCUGGCUGUAAUAAUUUUCUUACAUCUUUGGCUUCAUCCACACUUCGUACAUAUUUCUCUUUAGCUCUGUCUUGUACCAUACCCAACGUGACAUUUUAGAUAAAGUCUUGAUCUCCAGCUGGUUUUGUUGACUUGGCUUGCUUUGUGGCUGCAAGUUGCUCCACGGGGCUGAUUCUAAGGUCAACAUUGUCGCCCACUAAUCUCCAUCAAAGAAACAACCAGACAGAAUCAGAAAACAAGGUAAGGCGGCAACCAUUUAUUCUUCAGUCGCACUUGAGGCACAUGCCAUAACCUCAAAAUGCAAGAGGUUUAUUUCGUCUCACAGAUUAUAUAGAUAUCCUUCUUCUAAGUAUACAUAUGAUUAAAAACCUAGCUAUCAAACCAGCACGCUCGCUUGUGAAAAUGCUAACUGGAGAUAGAUGUGACAUGAGUCUGCUG